UGGUGAUAGACUUGUAUAUGAAUUUAAAAUUUACAUUAAAAAUGUUCUCAUGAAUGUAUCUGUGAAUAACGUUUUAGACAAGAUGUCUGCAUUGGGACCUGGACAAAAUGAAGAUGCAGGAUCACCUCGGGAUUUGGAGAGUAUCUCCCUGAAUUUUCCACAGAAUCAUGGUGGUGAUUUAUGUGGGUCUGAAGUUAACAAACAAAAAAAUACAGCCAAUGGACAAGUAGAAGCAGAAGAAGACCUAGAAGUGACAUCGGAGGAUGAGCAAGAAAGGCACGAAGAAAGUAAAAAUAAUCAGCCACAGGUCAAUGAAAGAGAGAAGCACAAAAGCAAUAAAAUGGCAGUAUCAGAAAACCUAUAUGAUGGUGCUGCUGAUGACGGUGACGAUGAUGCAUUACUUCCAGAAAGAAAGAGUAGGAAAACUGAAAGUGGGCAGUUUCCUAGGAUGGAGAAAGAAGUGUGUGAUAGGCCUGCAAAGCAAACAUCUAAGGAGAAGAACAAGGUCAAAGAACAAAUACAUUCUAUGGGUGACCAUAAUGACUUAACUUGGUCAUCUGAAAUGGCCCCAGAGGAUUAUGACUUGCCUUCUUCCUAUUAUCAGCAUUUUAUGUUGCCUGUUGAACAGCUUGGAAUGGACUGUAAAGAUACAGAUUCUGCUAGCGUCUUGAGAAUGCAAGAUGUGGUUCUUUCAAGUGCUAGAGAAAUAGAACUUAAAAAUGUUCUGUGUGAAAGACUUACAGGAAAAAGUAAAAAGAUGGCAAACAUGGUUAGAGUACCACAAGAGGAAAAUGAAAACAUGCUGCUUGGUCAGCAACUGGAAGGUGCUGAAAACAAAGCUAACAAUAAGGACAAGGCAGUCAUUAAUGUGCAAGACCAAUUGUAUGAUAAAGUGAAAAAUCUUCAAGCUCAGAGUGGAAACCAAAGUCUUCCAGUAGAAGAAAGAUUAAAUGUCUUAAUCAAUGAAUUCAAUCAAGUAAAAGAAAGACUGUAUCAACAUUCAAAAUGGGAAGCAGAAGUUGAUGACAUUAUGGAAUCUCUGGAAAAUGUAUGUUCAAGAUGUCGCUAUCUGGAUGCCAAGAAUCAAGUUGAUCAAGAGGAAUUAUUCUCUAUGAAAGCAACACAAGAACAAUGUGAGAUGCUAGAGAAAGAGAACAUGAGGUUGGAAAAAGAAUUUUGGGACCUCAAAAACCAUAUGCAACAGAUGGUAGAUCUUGGUGAAAUUAAAAUGUAUAAGGACGACAUUGAAGAAAGAGCAACACAGGAUGUUGUAGAAAAAAUAAAAGAAGUCAAUCUAUUUUUGCAGUCACAAGCGGCAUCUGAAGAAUACAUAGAACAGAUAAAAGAGGAUCGUGUGGCUUCAAUAAGGAGUCAGACAGAAGUGACAAUUAAAAAUCUGGAAUCUGAAAUCUCCAACAUGAAAUUUUCUCAAGGAGAAGUGGAAAAGUAUAACCCCCUGUAUCAAGGAGAAUUAAAAGCUGGGGAAUAUUUGUUGAAGAAAGCAAAAAAUUUUCGCAGAACUCCUGAGCGACUAGCAGCGUCCAGUCGCAAUCUUGUUGAGGAGACACAGGGGACUGGAACUUGCUUUCCCACUCGAGCUAUGAAGACGGGCACCUUCUUCUAUGAAGAAUCACCUUCUGUUGGAACUGUUCAUAAUGGCUUAGGUCUUCACAGAGAGCUUUCUUCAAGAGAAAACUCAAUGUUCUUUUCCUCAUUCCCAUGGACUUCAGAUGCCAACUUGGAGACCUACUUGACUGAGAUGACACACAAGUUGGAACAAAAUAUAAGUAUGGAACUACAAGAAGGUCUUGCUGAAUUAGAAUCUGGAUGCUCUUCUCUAGAAAAGCUUCUCCUCUAGGAUCCACUGAUGAGGGAGAUAUAAAUCAAGAUAUACUUUGGACAGCAUCAUCACAAUAUGUACCAUUUUUGAAAAAUUCUAUGAUCUGAAAGACUUUUAAGUGGAUCUUGCAAAUAAAAAGCAGUU